AUGGAAUCAGAUCGGAGCGCAGUAUCUGUCACCCGUCGUAGAAACUCAGCUCAAUCGACUUAUCUUCCUUCGUUUGAAUGGGAUGUGAAUGGCGGCUGCGAUGGCAGAUUGGCAGCCUUUCAGCAAUCACGUCAAAGCUUGCAUCACAGAGCGCGCCAAGUCAUGGACACUCUUCUUGAGGGAGUGGCUGAUAAUGCGCUUUCCGUGUUGCAAAAAUCUCCAGACGUCAAUGAAGAAGAUGCUAUUCCUACGUGUGUGUUGGUUUCUCACGAGCCAUCCUCCAAUAUUGUUAUUCUGAGGCGACUGGAUCAACUCAAUCAAAACACUCAUUCGCUCCUCACUCUCGAACUCGGCUGGCAGGAUUUUGGAAGCAAUCCGACGCUGCAAAGCGGUGUGAAGAGCAUCGUGCUAGGGCUGCUUUCCAAGUACGCAGAUGACGAUGCUCAUAAAAGGUAUAUCAAAUCAGCAUUGAACAGCACAGAUUUCAACACAAUACAUAAAUGGUAUAAGGAUUCGUAUAUUCAAGACAAUCCACCCAAGCUGGUGCUCACUUUACGCGACUUUGAAGCCCUACCUCCACCGAUGGUCCAAGAUCUUGUCAGCUUAUUGACUCAUUAUCGCAAGUAUAUACCCAUCAACCUCGUAUUAUGUAUCGAUUCCUCUCCAGCUGCUAUUUACAGAUUGCUUCCGCGGUACACGAUCAUCAAACUCGCUAUGACGCAGGUCGCUGCACCGUCAGCUAAUACCACCUUUGAAGCCAUUAUAGGAGAACUGUUCUUCUCAACAACCUAUAACUCACCCAUCACAUUAAGCAGUUCUGCGUUCGACGUCUUGUACGAUACGUUUAACCACUCGCAUAACUCUUUCGAACAUCUACUACACACCCUUGAUAUGCAGCUGCUCGACCACUUUUUCCAGCCAUACUCCAUCUUUUUUGAUACAGACGCAGUGUCGGUUGAGAGCAUUAAAGAUGACAGAGUAUGGCGUUAUCUGCUCUCUUUACCGUCGACAAUAAGCUAUUUGAAACAGGGCAGGGAAGCUGUAGAUCGCAAGUUGUGCAAUGAGUUGUUGGCCGAGAAGGUGAACAGCGAAGGGUUAUUGAAGUCACUCCGAAGAUUACGCAAGGUGUUUAAGCAGAGUGUUGAUGAGGAGAACGACGCUUUCAGAGCAUUACAGCAUCUACGCUCCUUUAUCCACUCGGUCGUACCUGAUUCCAAAGACUUUCUCCCGAACGCCAAAGCGCAAAUGCAGGCCAAGACGCAUGGUGAUCUUGCCAAAAUUGUCGACAAAACACUACAAAGCGUCAGCUUAAUGUCGAAAGCUCAGUUGUACGAGUGGCUCAGUGGAUAUGCUGAUACCAAGUCGUCAAUGAAGUCAGAUCAGCUAGCAACUAAACAGCUAAUGUCAUUCAUGGAUAAAUUCACCGCACAUGGCGAAAUCAAGCUAAACACCAACGAGCAAAGCACACGCGAUCCAGACUUUGUUGAGUUUACUCAAACGUGUGCGGAAGAAUGGACACAACAUUUCAUCGUUAAUCUGGUCGAAGAGCGUCUAAUACCGUUCGAGGAGAUAUGGCGGGUGGGAGUGAGCAGUGAUCUUCAGAUGCUGGUGAAUCCAUCACCCAGACAUGCAAUCUUGACGGCUUUGCGUUAUCCUCAGAAGUUGUUGGGCCAGCACUACCCAGAGAUAUCAUUGGAUGAGGCUAUGUCGAGCGAUAACGCACCUGAUACGUGCCUCGCGUUUAAGUGCUACAUUGAGGCUGCUAGGGUGUUUAAUCUGAGCGACUGGUUUAGUGCAUUCAAGAGCGUAUUGGAGAGCGGGUCGGAUCAGUCGAAAAAGUCGAAGAAGCGCAAGAAGGCUGGUGACGAAGACGAGGAGACUAUUCAACUGCAAGCCAGGUUCACACAGGCAGUAAAUGAGCUGGAUAGUAUGGGAUUCGUUAAAAAGGCAAGUGCUAGGAAUAGGAACAUCGUAGCUAGGACGGUGUUUAUGCAUGUUGAGGGUGAUGACGAUGAGAAGGGUGUUGGUAUGGAAACUAUAGCAGAGUAG